AUGGCUAUGCUAGACGGAGUGGUUUUUAAUAACAGCAGAGUGGUGCCGGGUGAACAGCAGGCGCGUCGUGCAAGCAACAUACCGAGCAUUCAAGAAGAGGGCAACGAGUCUGAGAUGUUGCUCGAAGUUGUGAGUACGAUCACCAACUGGCAUGGCGAGAUGGAUGAGGCAACUGCAGUGCUGACGGUGCUCAACGUGGAGGAGCCCCUGCCGCAAAUCAUGCCUGCCAUGUUCCCAGAGCUGGAGAUCUGGCCGUCGGAGGAAGUAGAGAUGGCGGUCCAUGUCUACCCCACUGAAACUGCGGAUUUCUGCCUGGACAGCAUUCGCCGCAGCAAUCGGGAGGACACCAUCGUGCGCCAGGUUGGCAACGAGAGCAACGAGACAGAGGUGGAGACAGUGGUGGAGGAGCUACCGCCCGAGCCCGUCGCGCCUGCGGAUCCUGGCGUGAUCCUCAUCCGCUGGGAGUACCGACGCCUGGAUGACGGUGCCUGUUUCUGGGUUGCUCGCAGCAAUGCGUCCAACGAAACGGACAACGCUUCCAAUGACUCGAAUUCUUCAGCCAAUCUCUCCUGUCCUUUGAUGUUCUGGCAGCUGGGUCCGGUAAUUGUUGCGCAGCCCCUGGACAACAUGACCUUCGCAGACCAAGACCGGGACCCGAGUACUCUGCGCUUUCCGGCCUUCAGCUUCGCGCCGAACUCCAGCCACCAGUUCCGGGCCGCGGCCGUCCGGCAGGACCUCCCAGCGGGCAGCAACCGAUCCACCGUGACCUACACGCUCAAUGUCCGGCCCCGGUCCAGGCCGCGCGUCUCGGUCUCGGGCCCUCCGGCUGCCUCGACGUCCUGCGCCUUCGUGCUGCGGGCCGAGGCGUGGGAGGAGGCCGGGGCGAUGGCUUCUGCGCCCUCUGCGGGGCAUGGCAGCGGUGACUUCGAGUAUGCCUGGGGGUGCAUGGUCGGGGUGAUGGCGGAGAUGAACGAGAGCGAGGUGGAGGAGGCAGAGCGCUGCAUGCCCCGCCUAGCCGGCCUCUGGAUGGACAGCCCUGAGCUGCGAGUGGAGGCAGGCGAGCUGCAAGAGGACAGCUACACCUUCGUGGCGCGCGUGCGGUGGCGGGGUAUGGGAAGUAUGGGGAGUCCUGAGGCGGAGGUGCAGGCGUCCUGGACCCUCAGAGUCGGGCGGCAGCUGCGACCCCUCGUGGCGCUGAAGGUGCCAUGGAGAUCGGAUCAGGCGCUGUCGACAUCCAGCCGGCAUGUCGAGGCCGUGGCAGACGUCAUAGGCAGCAGGUCUUGCCCCAUCCCCUUCUGGCGCUGGCAGUGGGUCCUGAUCAGCUCGAACUCCUCCGUCUUAGCUCGCCUGCGGACGAUGAACGACACCUCUCUCGAAGAGCCUUUCGGCAACCUCACCCUCUCGACAGCAGAUUUCCGAGCGGACCUCCUGAUGCCGGGCCGUCGGUACGCCUACGCCCUUGUGGCUCACGAUGCCGGCGUGCGGCUCCAUCUGGAGAACUCGGCACUGUCGGAGCUGGAAAGUGCUGGGGCCUUUGUGUCCUGGUCCCACUUCUUCCAUGCGGAUGCUCCGCCUGCAUUCGGUGUGGUCGAGUCGAUGCCGCGCUCCGGCUUUGCAGUCUCCAGCGUCUUCACUCUGAAUACCUUCGGAUGGCUGGAUGAGCAGGAAGAUGGUCUCAGCUACGCCUUCUUCCGCUUCCCCGUGGAGAACGUUGAGGGCAUGGGGCCCGACGCUUUUGCAGACGGGAUGCCUGACACGGACUUCGAAUGGAAGCUUCCCCGAACUGAUUGGCACAAUGUGUCCAGCCCGGACUACUUCCAGAAGCAAGGCGGGCGGCUGCUUCGCUCCUGGGCCAAGUCAAAGAGUGUCUCCGACGUCGCCAUGGCGGCCGGCUCCUACUACCUGGUGGUCCGUGCGCGCGACCCGCUGGGGGCGGAGGGCCUGGCAGCCGUCCUUGGCCCCAUGGUCGCCGAGCCAAGGGAGCUCAGCGCCACCGCGGCCACGAAUGCGCUGAAGGUCGCCGCUGCCUCCAGUGACGUGCACCGCAUCCUUAAUGCCGUGUUGGAUACCCCGUCAGAGACGGGCGAAGCUCCGAUGGGAGAGCAUGGUGGUGAUUCUGUGGAUGAGCUUUUUGCUCAGGCGUUGGAUGGUCUGACGUUUGGGGCCAAUGUUACUGAUGCAGCUGGUGGAGGCAAUGGUACAGGCGUUGCCACUUCGGCUACAUUGGAGGACAAUGGGUCUGGUACAGUUUCUGGACCUACAAUAUCAUCUUCUCAGGUGGAUGGGAAUGGUGAUACCCUUACGACAGUUGCUCCUGGUACAACAGCUGGUGCAGUGAUUUCCACAGGGUUGGGUGAUGGGCCCUCAACAGUUCCUGAUACAGCGGUUGCACAAUCGGUCAGUAGUCCUGGUCCAUCAGCUAGUGGAAAUGUGCUGCCGGCGCCAGAAGGUAUCAUAGCAGCUACAAGUACAAGCACAGAGGUUUUUCAGCAAAGUACCGGGCCAUCAACAGUUCCUGGUACAGCGGUGGCACAAUCGGUCAGUGGUCCUGGUCCAUCAGCCCAUAUUGGUUUUACCAACGUGCCGUUUCCUGGAGGUCAUUUUGACAGUGGAACAGGCGAGCAACACUUGACUGGGCAGAUGACACACUGGACUCCAAAUAACGCUGCAGUGCAAAACAACAAUCCUGGACUGGCGUUUAACACCUACGAGCAGAUCCGAGCCUUGGGACAGCCGCUACAUCGACCUGAACCAGCCCCUACACAAACAGAUUGGAUGGGCCCGAUGAGACAGAUGCUGGGAGAUUUGCUGCAACCUUUAACUUCGAGGUCUCAUCCUUCGCAGGAGCUGGGUGAACAGGAGACUGGAACUCGUACACCAGUCGCGGCGACAGAAGGACCGGAGCAGUACAUGAUUGCCACGCCUCCUGGUUUGGGACAGCCUGCAAGUGUGGCCAAUGUUUCUUUGGAUGAAAGGGAUCGUGAGUUGGCCAUGGGACCGGCAGUUUGGGAGGUGGUACCGCCACCCCCACCACUACCUCCGGAGAUGAGGACGAGGCCAAGGGCCUUAAUAUCUGAGGAGCCAGCGGCCUUGAUGCCUUCGGAGGAGACCGCCAGAAGUAUUCAGGAUCUGCCUAAGCUGGAGAUCUUCAAGGGCAACACCGAGGAUGCUGGAAUGAUUCUUGGAGACUGGCUGACGGUGGUCAAACCGAUGAUGGCGGGAAUUUCAGCCACAGCGGCAGAGUGGUGGGACCAGGUUACCGGCACGGCCUACAACUAUUACGAUGACUGGCUGGCCGCCUCGCCGCUGAAGAGGUUGGAGCUCCGAGACAAGGUGAUGGGGCUGACAGCACUGUUUGAGCACUCCAGGUGGUCACGAACUGAACAACGAGGCGCGGUGCUCAUGCUGGCGGCGUUACCUGCAGAUGUUAAGGAGGAAAUGGUAACCAUCCGAGCGGUGCAAACCAUUCCUAUGCUGUUUCGGUUACUGACCAAGUAUCAACCGGGAGGAGCAGGGGAGAAGCAGGCUUUGCUACGAACGUUAACUACUCCAGCUGCGGUGAACACGGCGACGGACGGCAUCGCUGGAAUCAGAAAGUGGUCCCGAGCCCUUACCAGAGCUCAGGAGCUGAAACUGGCACUCCCAGAUCCAACACUGCUGGUUAAAGCACUGGACCAGAUUACAGCUGCGGUGAUUGCGGGGCAAAGCUUAUUCCGGCUGUCAACUUUUCGGUUGGAAAACAAGAUUGACUAUGCCCCCACCUUGUCCUCUGCCAAGUCCUUAGCGCAGAUGUUAUUGGCGGAACUGGAAAUGGUUACUGGCUCCGAACUUGGAGGACGAAGACCUAAGGUGGCGGCCAUGGAAACAGAAGUGAAAGGAAAGGGCAAGGGCAAAGACAAGGGGCAGCGGGAACACGGGCAAUGCUGGAACUGGAUGACACCUAAGGGGUGUCGAAAGGGCAAUGCCUGCUCCUUUCCGCGUGACAAGGCCAGGAUGGUGGGGAGGUGUUACAACUGUUCUGCAGAAGACCACCAGAAGGCCAGCUGCCCUUAUCCUACCACCUCUGCAGACACCGCCGCUGCCAAAGAGACCAAUGACAAGGCCACGGAAGCAAAGGGCAGAGGCAAGCACAAGGGAAAGCCCAAGCCCAUCGUGAAGAAGGUGGAGCCGGACGAACCAGCGUCCUCUACGACUUCCGCUUCGUCCUCGACGGCCCAGGCAGCUUUUCUUCAGGAGGCAUCCGAGCUCAUCAAGACGAUGAGAUUGGCGGCGUUGCGAGGUGAAACGGAUGGCUGGGGAUUGCUGGAUGGUGGAGCUACGGCCUGCCUCAGAAAGGCAAAGUCCAAUCGGGAGUUCCAACGAGCUGCCCCGAUUACAGUGGCCCUGGCUACCGGCUCGACACAGCUCCGGAUUAAUGAUGCUGGCACGCUGCUGACCAAUGAUCCCUCCACGAGUCCCAUUGUGGCCAUGCAUGAGCUGAUCCAGCUGGGGACAGGAGUGACCUGGGAUCAAGGUGGUAUCUGCAUCAAGGUCCCGAAGUUUGGCCAGCUUCCAGUACGAUUGGCUACCGGAUGCCCAGAAGUUCCAGAAGCACUGGCCUUAAAGCUCAUUGAAGAUAUUGAGCAGAAGAAGCGGGACAAGAUGGCCUUCGUGAAGGAGCUGCGAAUCCAGAAGGAAGAUGGAGGUGGCCUGGAGCAAGAAGGGACUAUGAUGUUUGAGGGUCCCGAAGCCAUGAAGCGCUGGUUGCAAGAUCAGUUUUUGCAUCUGCCAGAGGGGGUCAUCGAUGCCCUGACCGUUCCUGCCUAUGCCAAAGGAAAUGACUGCUUGCCUUGGAGCCGGAGGACAAGGAAGGCCAUGAUGGCUUCGAAGUUCAUCGUACUGAACCUGUUUGCUGGCAAAACCCGGGGCUUCUUUCAGCAAUAUCUGGAUGGCAAGGGUAUGGAUGGGUGUUACGUUAUCGAUGUGGACCUGCCUGAAAACCUGCUGUGCGACCAAAUGUAUGGUUUUUUGUUGGAGUUGGCCCGAAGUGGCCAUGUCAAAAUGGUGAUGGGCGGACCUCCAGACAAGACGUUUGAGGCACCCAAGCAAUGGAGGGGGAAUGAUCCUCAAGACCGACUUGGCAGAUCUGAGCUCGGUCCUCGCGACCUGCGGGCUGUGGAGAAGGAAAAUGUCCUGAUCCUGAGGCAGUUGGUGCUGUAUAUGGUCGCAGAGGAAGCAAGGAGGCUUCAUAACAACAGCCAGGCGGUGGGUCUGGUGUUGGAACACAAGGCGCCAAACAAUGGGGAAAACACCGAAGCUUCGAGACCGGAAAUCUGGAAUUGGCCAGAAGUACAACAUUGUCAAGCGAAGUACAAGUUGGAAAAACUGGAAGUCGACUUUGGCGAUUUGGGUCACCGGACCACGAAACAGCAAGGACUGCUGGUAUCGCACAAGUUGUACUUCGAUGAGGUUUCAAUGGUGAACUGCAAAGACUGUGGUUCGGGGGAGGAAGGAAUGGAUCCUCAAGAAAUGACCAAAGGGCAUGAGUGGCCUGAUGGUUUGAAGUGGGCAGUUCUACAAUUGCUGCUGCGCUUGGUCCCGGGGGGGCUAUCAAUCCAUCGUCUGGAUACAAAGUUCCGACAACAUGUUGCCCAAGGCCAUAUCCCCUUUCGUCGCGAUUGCCUACACUGCCUAGCAGGCGGAGCCAAAGACGGCCAGCAUAGGAGACUGCCUAUCAGCGAAGCCUACACGAUUAGCGCCGACCUGAGUGGUCCCUACACGGUGGGCUUGGAUGAGUAUGGUCGGGUGAAGUACAUGUGCACGAUGGUUUACACCAUUCCGGUCUUUGCAAAUUUGGAGCCGGAACCAAUGGUGGAAAUUCCUGAAGGAGGUGAUCAAGCUGAACAGCCCAGAUCUUCAGAGGCAGUCAAUGAGGCCGCAUCCUUGCUGGACGAUGACGGGUUGGGGGGUGUGGACACCACAUCGCUGUUGGGCGAGGAAACCCCGGAUUAUGAGCCGGAUUUGGAUGAUGAGCGGUGUGGAUCCGGUGAAUGGGAGUGCAACGAGGAGGUCCUGGAGGAGGAAUUGCCCAAGGAGAACCUCACGGACUUUCAGAAGCGCCUCGUGCAGGAACAAGCUGAAGCCUGGAAACAAUAUCUGGUCAAGGCUCGCGAACAGGCGGACUCGGUGGCUCCUCAAGACUUGAAGUUGGACAAGCUACAGAUGGUGGAGCUCACUUUCGCUGAGAGCCUACGAGACAAGACCCCAGCAUCUGUGGUUGGAGCCAUAGGUCGCGUUUACAGCAAGCUGAAAAUGUGGGGAAUGCAUGCGGCCAGGUUUCAUACAGACAAAGGAGGAGAGUUCCUCAAUGCCCCCGUCUGUCGUUGGCUUCAGGAUAGAGGGAUUUAUCAAACCUGUGGACAGGGCGGAUCCUACAAGCAAAAUGGCCGGGCAGAAGCUGCAGUUGGUAUUUGCAAAAGGGCCACCAGGACGUUGCUGCAUGGUGAAACGUCGGCCAAGCGACUUUGGCCGGGUGCCUGGCGAUGGGUGGCCGAGCGACGCCUUCGCAGGGCCUUGGCCCGACUGGGCAUGCCUGUCAAGCCUUUGGUUCCGUUUGGUACAGUGGUUUGGAUCCGCAAAAGACACUGGCAUAAGGCUGAACAAUGGGAUGAUCGUGUCCACAAAGGCGUGGUGAUUGCCCCGGCGCAACAUGUUUCCAGGGGCUAUGUGGUGAAAGUGGGAAACGAUUUCUUCACGACAACCACGCUGUUUCAAAAUGUGCAAAUGGCGGAUACUGGUGCAAUUUCGGCCAUGGAUGAGGUGGAAGUGGACGCAGUCCUGAAUGCCAUCCUCGCAGCUGCUUUCCCAACGGACACCUGGACCUCGUCUACCCUUUCGGUGAACAAUUGGCUGGGGCCGCAUCGUGAUAUCUUCAAUCAACGAGGGACGAGUAAUCUGCUGGUAUGCCUUUCACCCUCCAUUUCUAUCUGGACCGAAGUGGAACCACCCUUCACUGGCCUGGGCUCGGAAGAGUUGGUCUGGAAGGAGGUUCGCCCAGGACUCUGGAAGCCGGGCCAGAUUCAUCGCCUUCGUUGCGGGGACUCGAUGAGAUUGGAUCCACGCAAGUGGCAUGCCUCGGAGGAUGGCGAAGAAAAGGGCCCACGCGUGCUGGCGGUGGCUUUUUCCUUGGCAGUGCAUGCCAGGCCAAGGGUCGCCAAACUUCGCCUGCGACAGCGAGAGGAAGGAGAAGCCGAUGGGCCUGCAAGGCAAGUGGAGCAUACACAAAUUCAGUACACUGUGUUGGAUGCUGCAACUGCGGAUCGGUUGUUUCAGGAGAGAUGGACCCAUGAGCAGGCCAAUGCUCACGACCUGGAUCAACAUCCCUUGCAGCGCUUUGUGGACGACUGGGAAGGUGAGUGGUCCCCAGUGCUCCCACCGGAUGGCAUCCUACCUAUGACGGAAACUGUCGACCAGGCGGCCUCAGCAGCCUAUGAGUAUCGCUUCAGGGACCCAAGUAUUCGAUUGGACCGGGUCAAUCCGCCUGAGGAGGGAAUGCAGAUCGAUCCUGUAAUCCAGAGGCAUUUGGUUGAUGAGGAUGAUCCAGAAUCAAGGAGGCGGGCGCUAACAGAUGAUGGGCCGGAUCUCCCCAUGGCGACGAUUAUCAACUACCGCUACAUGUACGACGAUGAAAAUCAGCUGGAAAUUCAUCAGUUUGCCAUGAUGGUAAAUCAUACAGUGGGCUACGAGGAAGCACCUCACUGGCAACCCCUUGACAUCGUCAUCCGGUCCGAGGUCCUCUACGAGCUGCAAGAACCUCAGCAGGCAGAAGAAAACGAGGAGGAGCCUCCAGAAGAUGAUGAGGACGUGGAUCAAGGAGACGAUGAAGAUGAUGAUCCGCCGGGAGAUGGUCCAGAUGGCCCAGGUGGAGGUGGACGAGGCCGUUCGAGAACGCCGGAAAUCCGGUACGAGGACUAUAGAAAUGUUCGGCCUCGCUAUCAACUUCGUCUAGAACACAGCGAUGCCCUGAAAAUGCUGGAUGCUGCAGAAAGUUUUUUGGUUCCGGAGGAGGCGGGAAUGUUGUAUCAAAGCAAAAACAGCCUUGGAACCGGGGGAGCAGCGACUGGUGUGGUGGGACAUGUUGUGGCCUCCGAGAUACCCAUUGGUUUUGAAGCUGAUGAGCAGAGCGACCUGCUGGAUGGCAUGCAGAUGGGAUUGAAAAGGUUAGGGCUACGUGAGCAACAAAAGCUGCAGCAAGACCUUUGGGAUCAAUCCAGCUUGGACGAGGAGCCGGACACUUGGACCUUGAAGGAUCAAGUCACGCAGGUACGGGCCAUACACGAACAAGCGGACCAGGUGGAGGAUGAUCUUCGACUGUUGAAGAGCAUGUCUGUGGAGACAAAUGUUGGAAGUACGGGCGCUCCUACUGAUGUUUUUCCGGAGGUGUUCUUGCAAACAAAGACAAUUCAACAAGCCCAGGUAUUGCAGGAGCUGCCAGCGUGGACACCAGCAAUGAGUGCCGAGUAUAACACGAUUCGCCAUGAGAAGGCUGCAAUAGAGCCAAUCACCGAGCAGCAAAUCCGGGUCAUGGAGGAGGACGACAGCCUGAUCGUGAAGAGGAUUCCGGCAAAAAUGGUGUUCACAAGAAAGGCGGUCAGCGGACAACGCAAAGCGAGGGCAUGCGCUUGCGGGAACUUUCUCCAGGCCGAAGAAAGUAGCAAAACAAAGCAGGAGCUCCGGGAGGAGGUAUAUGCGGCUGGUAUUGACAUUACGGUGCUACGUACCAUGCUUGCUGUGGGGGCUCGUCGUGGCUGGAAGGCUGGAACGACGGACAUCAAGGGGGCCUUCCUGAAUGCCCCGUUACUUCAGCGGACCAAAACCAAAACAGAACGCAUCAUUUUGGACCCGCCGAAAAUCCUGUCCCGAGCUGGAAUUAUCCCUCCGUAUGAAAAGUGGUUGGUGACCCGUGCAUUAUACGGAUUGGACAUUUCGCCUAAGAGCUGGGCAGUGUUUCGAAAUCAACAACUUAAUGGCCGAAGAUUUCAGAGUGGAGGAGCGUGGUACACCUGGCAAGCUUGUCGCACAGAUCAAAAUUUGUGGAGAAUUUUAUCCGAGGAUGGAAGAUUGUGCGGCCUGGUUUCCAUCUAUGUCGACGACAUUUUGGGAGUCAUGGAAGAUGGGGUACUACAAUCGUGCUUCAGCGAUCUGUCGCAGCUCUGGGCAUGCUCUACACCGGAGUACGUGGCCCAAGGAUCUGUUCGUUUUUGCGGAUUCGAUAUAUCAGAAGGAUCUGAUGAUCGCCGUGGAUUUUUGCUCCGGCAGGAGGCGUAUAUCGACGAAAUCUUGGAACGGUUCGAGAGCGAACAUCAAGGCAGCCUACGAACUUCCAAGGUUCCUGCGUUGAGGUAUGAUCUUCCUCAUGACAAAAAGGAGAUGGAUCCUUUGCAGGUGAAGCUGGCCCAAAAGCUGAUUGGUGAGUUAAAUUGGAUUGGAACCCGUGCAAGACCUGAUAUUAUCUUUGCCAUCAGCAAGGCGGCUCAAUGUAUCACCAGGGAUGCUGUUUUGGCGGUGGAAGCAGCAACUCAAAUCUUCAAGUUCCUCAAGGCCACCAAGGAGGAGGGCCUUCGCUAUGUGGCCAAUCCGGAUUCUUUUGGGAAGCAUCAGGAGUUAAGGGUGCCUAGAAAAGAGGCGUUGGUAGAGGUUUUUACUGAUGCCAGCCACGCUCCCGAUGCCGGACGUUCCCAAGAAUGUGUCCAUGUUUUUGCUGCAGGCCAAUUAAUUGGUUGGUCGCCCAACAAGCAAACUAUGACCAGCCUCAGUACAGCAGAAAGCGAACUGUGUGCAGUGUUGGAAGGGGUAGCUUAUGGUGAGGGAACCAAAUGUGUUUUGGAAGAAAUCUUGCAGGUUCCUGUUCAGGCUGUGAUCUACUGCGAUAAUGCUGCUACGGUUGCCCUAGUCACAGGAAGCUCCAACCUUUGGCGGACCCGAGGGUUAAAGAUCAAGGCUGCAGCACUCCAGGAGCGAUUACAAUGCGAUAUUUGGCAGAUGUAUCACCUUGAUGGUGUUUACAUGACCGCAGAUUUGGGCACAAAACCCCUUACUGCGAGUAGAGUGGACGAGCUGAGGAAGCUGAUCAACAUGGGAGGGCCAACAAGCUGUCGACCUCAAGCUAGCAGGCUGCAAGCGACGAACAUGCUGAAGAUUUUGGUUUGUUUGGCCAUGUUGAGUACAGUGGAUGGUGCAACAAUGGAGCAAGCGAUGACACUGGAUGAUAUGGCGACCGUCGUCAUGUUGAACUUCGGGCAGACGGCGCUUUGGAUGGGCCUGACUGCUAUGGUGCUCAGUAUCCUCUUUUUGUGGGAAACAGCAUGGUUUUUGGCAGGAUAUCAGAGGAUUAAGGCCCGGUCCAAGGAAGAUCAGUCCUCGCUACCAUCGUCUUCAGCUCCAACAUCCACUGGGAUGGGAACAACCACGGCCACUGGGACGGCGUCGAACGCAUCCACUGAGAUGACCUCGAGCACGCCCCCUGGGAUGAUGCCGACUCCAUCCACUGGGAUAUCAUCGGCUCCUACGGCUUCUUCGUCGGCGCCUAUGCCUCCACGCAAGGCGCCCCCAGUCCGACCACCACGUUCGGUGGAGCCAGCCGGCUCCGAGGAUUAUUGGAUGACACGAGGGGGAUGGCAUGUGAGGGUCCAUCGACAACCACGAAUCCAACUGUUUGACCCCUGCGAUGCUGCCAGACCCUUCGGGUUGGAGGAGUUGACUGGUGACCGCGUUACCUAUGUCACCUUUCAAAAUGAUGGUGAGACCCAGGUCAUCCGAGAUAUCUUCCGUUACAAGGUGGACGCCAAGCGACGACUGGACCGCACUUGGAAGGGAGUGGCGGCCAGCGUGGUGGAGCCCACCCCGGAGGCCCUGGAGAAGAGACCUGGAGGGAAGCAAAAAGAUGAGCUAUGUGGUGUCGUCCGUGGUGCAAGGAGGACGGGGAUGGGGUUGCUGGUGAACAAGUCCCAGCUCACCCAAGCGGCUGCUGUCCUGGACAGCUGCAUCAACCUGGCACUCAGCAGCUCGGAGGCCGGUGUGGGAGAAAACCUGGCCGUGGCCAUGCUGCAGAGCAUCUCGUCCGUGAACUUGGGUGGCCGCAUUGGGCAGCCCGACAGUCCGCACAGCGAGUCCGUCAACUUCACCUCCAUGCUGGAGGCGCUGACGUCGAAGCUCGCCGACGCGAGCCUGGCGAGGCAGCAGGGCGAGUCGCGGACGCUGGCUGCCUCGACUGCUGGGAGCGGCACAGCCCUGGAGCUCUCGCGAACCACGACUUCCGUCUUCCGGGGUGGCUUGACGUACGGCCGCCUGCGCGUGCCGCAGAAAGUGGAGCUGCUCGCACGGCGGCUGCAGUCCACGGACGACCCCUGUAAUGCCCUGGACAUGAAGCUUACCGUCUGGGAAAGGAGCAACCCGUACAGCUGGGCGGAUCCUUCCAAGGGCGUCAACCGAAUGAUCUUCCCCAACAGCACGGUUGCCGUGCUCCAGCUUCUUGCUGCUGGUUAG